GGGAAAUUACUGACAUUUGUUCCACGACUCACCGGGGGACUGAAAUACUGAGUGUCUCAGAAUAAUGUAAUCAUGUUUUUUUAUAGCUUAAAAUUACUGUUGUAUAAUUUAAGUAUAUUUGCUAAACAUCAUUAUUCUUUAAAAAAAAACAUUUAAUUAAAAUAGAUGAAUAGUGGUGGAUAUUCUAGGCGACAAAGGCCGUGGACAGAGUUAGCCUAUUGUAUUUGAGAGAAGAAACCUUCCCUGUAGAAUUACAGCCCCGCAGAUUGGAGUUGCUUGUGAGAUCAGUAACGAGGAACCGCUAACAGGACUGGUCAACAUUGAGACAGUUGAAUCUGGGCUUUUCACUAUUGCGCUGGUCUAACGAGAGAGAGCAGUUUGCUUGCUGUCUGUUUGGAGCCUACUGGUGACGAGACAUCAGGGCGAAUAAGUCUACUGUGUCGCAUUGACAUCGACUCAUUGAAGGUAGACGUUGGGGAGUGACGGGGUGCGGAUCACAAUGGAGAGUGCCCUGACGGCCAGGGACCGGGUGGGUGUCCAGGACUUUGUCCUGCUGGAGAACCACACCAGCGAGGCGGCCUUCAUCGAGAACCUCCGCAAGCGCUUCAAGGAGAACCUCAUCUAUACAUACAUCGGCUCAGUCCUGGUGUCGGUGAACCCCUACAAGGAUCUGGAGAUCUACACCAAGAACCACAUGGAGCGCUACCGAGGCAUCAACUUCUACGAGGUCUCUCCCCACAUCUACGCGGUGUCUGACAACUCGUACAGGUCCAUGCGGACGGAGCGUAAGGACCAGUGCAUCCUCAUCUCGGGGGAGAGCGGUGCCGGCAAGACGGAGGCCUCAAAGAAGAUCCUGCAGUACUACGCCGUGACCUGUCCCGCCAGCGACCAGGUGGAGACGGUCAAGGACCGCCUGCUGCAGUCCAACCCUGUCCUAGAGGCUUUUGGAAACGCCAAAACGUUACGCAACGACAACUCUAGCCGCUUCGGUAAAUACAUGGACAUCCAGUUUGACUUCAAGGGUGCACCGGUAGGGGGCCACAUCCUCAACUACCUGCUGGAGAAGUCACGGGUGGUGCACCAGAACCACGGCGAGAGGAACUUCCACAUCUUCUACCAGCUGAUUGAGGGGGGUGAGGAGGACCUGCUGCGGCGCCUGGGCCUGGAGAGGAACCCCCAGCAGUACCAGUACCUCGUCAAGGGGAACUGUCCCAAGGUGAGCUCCAUCAACGACCGCAGCGACUGGAAGGUGGUGAGGAAAGCCCUGUCUGUCAUCGGCUUCAGCGAGGACGAGGUGGAGGAGCUGUUAAACAUUAUUGCCAGCGUCCUUCACUUGGGGAACAUUCAGUAUGGAGGAGAGGACAGUGGCAAUGCCUACAUCACUACAGACACACAGAUCAAAUACCUGGCGAGGUUACUAGGAGUGGAUGGUUUGGUCCUGAAAGAGGCGCUAACACACAAAAAGAUCAUCGCCAAAGGGGAAGAGCUGAAGAGCCCUCUGAACCUGGAGCAGGCGUCGUCGGCCCGGGACGCCCUGUCCAAGGCCGUGUACGGCCGUACCUUCACCUGGCUCGUCAACAAGAUCAACGUCUCCCUGGCUUACAAGGACGAGACGUAUAAGAAUGCUUCCGUCAUUGGUCUCCUGGAUAUCUAUGGUUUUGAAGUGUUCCAGCACAACAGUUUUGAGCAGUUCUGCAUUAACUACUGCAACGAGAAGCUGCAGCAGCUCUUCAUCGAGCUCACCCUCAAGUCCGAGCAGGAUGAGUACGAAGCCGAGGGAAUCACGUGGGAGCCUGUGCAGUACUUCAACAACAAGAUCAUCUGUGAUCUGGUGGAGGAGAAGUUCAAAGGCAUCAUCUCCAUUCUGGAUGAGGAGUGCCUGAGGCCAGGUGACGCCAGUGACAUCACUUUCCUGGAGAAGUUGGAGAAUACUGUGGGAGGCCACGCCCACUUGACGACUCACAAGCUGACCGAUGGAAAGACCCGGAAGGUGAUGGGCCGAGAGGAGUUCAGACUGCUGCACUACGCUGGCGAGGUCAACUACAACGUCAACGGAUUUCUGGACAAGAACAAUGACCUCCUCUUCAGGAACUUGAAAGAGGUCAUGUGUAUGUCUGAUAAUAAGAUUCUGACCCAGUGCUUUGACCGGGCGGAGCUGAAGGACAGCAGGAGACCUGAGACGGCAGCGACCCAGUUCAAGAGCAGCCUGGCCAAGUUAAUGGAGAUCCUGAUGUCCAAGGAGCCGUCGUACGUGCGCUGCAUCAAGCCCAACGAUGCCAAGCAAGCAGGACGGUUCGACGAGGUUCUCAUCAGGCAUCAGGUGAAGUACCUGGGUCUGAUGGAGAACCUCCGCGUGAGGAGAGCUGGCUUUGCCUACCGCCGCCACUAUGAGACCUUCCUCCAGAGGUAUAAGUCCCUGUGUCCGGAGACCUGGCCGAGCUGGCAGGGCAAGCUGGCAGAUGGAGUCUCCACACUGGUCAAACACCUGGGUUACAAACCUGAGGAGUACAAGCUGGGCAGAUCCAAAAUCUUCAUCCGUUUUCCAAAGACUCUGUUCGCCACGGAGGACGCGCUAGAAACGAGGAAACACAGCCUUGCCAACAAACUGCAGGCAUCCUGGAAGGGCUACAGCCAGAAGACCAAAUACCGCAAACUCCGAUCAUCAGCGGUGGUGGUCCAGGCGUGGUGGAAGGGCAUCCUGGCCUGUAGGAGGGCACGGCGUAGAAGGGAGGCCGCCAACACCAUCCGCAGGUUCAUCAAGGGCUUCAUCUACCGCCAUAAUGAGCGUUGUCCUGAGAAUGAGUACUUCCUGGAUUAUGUGCGCUACUCCUUCCUGAUGAAGCUGCGCAGGAACCUCCCCAAGACAGUCCUGGACAAGAGCUGGCCCACGCCCCCGACCGCCCUCAUCGAGGCGUCGGAACGGCUACGUAAACUGUACAUGCAGAACAUGGUGUGGGGCUACUGCAAGAGGAUCAACCCAGAGUGGAAACACCAGUUGGAGCAGAAAAUGGUGGCCAGUGAGAUUUUCAAAAACAAGAAGGACAACUAUCCCCAAAGUGUCCCAAAGCUCUUUGUGGGCACAAGACUCAAUGGAGAGGAGAUUAACCCCAAGGUGUUGCAGUCACUUGGCAGUGAGAAGAUGAAGUAUGCAGUCCCAGUGACCAAGUACGACAGGAAGGGCUACAAGGCGCGACCAAGGCAGCUGCUGCUCACCUCCAACAGUGCCGUCAUCGUGGAGGAGGCCAAGCUCAAGCAGCGCAUCGACUACGCCGCCCUCAAAGGCAUUUCAGUCAGCUCUCUCAGUGAUGGCGUCUUCGUACUGCAUGUGCCCACUGAAGACAAGAAACAGAAGGGAGAUGUGGUGCUGCAGAGUGACCACAUCAUCGAGACCCUGACCAAAGUGGCCAUCUGUGCUGACAAGGUCAACAGCAUCAACAUCAACCAGGGAAGUAUAACUUUCACGAUGGGCCAAGGUAGAGAAGGGAUCAUAGACUUCACCUCUGGCUCUGAGCUGCUGGUUGCCAAGGCGAAGAAUGGCCACCUCUCAGUGGUGAGUCGGAAUAACGGAGGGAUAUAAAGCGUCAGUCCUCCCCUACAGGACUAAUACAACUGCCCCUCGACUGAACUCAAGAUGAUAGAAAUGACUGAUCAUCUGACCGCGCCAAGGAAGUCCUUCCUGGAAUACGCUCCUAUUCACCAAUCUCAACCGCAGACCAGGCUCUGCCUAAGCCAAUCAGAUGCCAGCUCUCGCUACACGAACGGCAUGUGCUUCCAAUUAAGAAAAAGUCCAGUGAAACUAAUUGAUAUUUAUGUUUAUAUAUUUUUGGGAAUAAUACUUGUUAUUUGAAUAUCAUGAUUUUAUAUAUGAAGCCAAGGAAUAACAAUGUUUUGGUGCAUUUUUUUCCUGCACUACUUAUGCCUGUCUUGCUUAAUUUGGGAACAUGACCAAGCAAUCAAUUAGGGUGUAUUGGGUCUCCUUUGCUUUUUCUUUUUCAUUUUUUUUCCACAAUAUUUUCUCUGUUCAGCAGUGUAGAAUUUACACCCUCUCUGAUACUACUCUUUUAACUGUUUGGGCCAGAGGCUUUUGUUAAAGUGGAGAUGCAGUACAUGGCUGAUGGUAUGUAGGUGAGGUUUGUUAUAAACUAUCGAGGAGCAGGGAGUUUGGUAGAGAAGAAGUUCAUAAGAAUAGUUGUUUUUUUCAAACUUGUUUCGACUCAGACACAAUACUCUUGGGGUUUUUGAAACUGAAGGACAUCAACAGAGAGGUCAUGUGGGUGUGUGACCUUUGACCCAGAGCAUACUGUCCAGAAUGUGGUCAGAAUUUGGUCUGUGCUGUGCCAUGGAUCACAGAAUCAUUCUUUGAUGUAGAUAUCAUGUAGCCCAAAUGAAAGCGUAAACCAAAGCAUUUUGGUAAGCAGAAUGUUGAAAUUAGAUGUAUAAUGGAAACACCAUAGUGAAUGGUCUUUACAAUAUAUAAGAGAUAAAGAAAGUGAGAGAGGAAUUAGGAAAAAGGCGUGAGAAUGAAAAUGGGGGGGGGGGGGAAGAGAACCGUUUUGUCUUUCCAUUUAUCGCUUGUUUGCUCCCAACGAUUGUGCCUUUCUCCUUUGCUAAAUUAUUGUUAAUGGAUUAUUUAUGUCGAUACACCAAUUAAACAAUGACACUUUGGGGAUGACAUUGAGUCCACUGUUGUUAGAGACCGAUAUGUCUCGUUUUCCCUCAGGAUGACCUGUGGAGAAAUACUUCAGAGAAAGACAAAAGCAUGCUGUACACACACACACACACACACACACACACACACACACACACACACACACACACACACACACACACACACACACACACACACACACACACACACACACACACACACACACACACACACACACACACACACACACACACACACACACACACACACACACACACACACACACACACUCAUUUCACUCCUAAGUUAAACCUGUAGAGUAAAAGCCUUUUGGAAACAUGCUAUGAUCCAUUUGCUUUCCAUUGUGUCAAGUUCCCAGGCUGCCAUAUCCGUACUCUGGUUAUGUGUAGCAGCUCACCAGGAUAUAGUAGUAGUCAGAACAACACUCAUGACUUAUUUUACCACAUUUACCAAUCUUUUCCUGAUGAGGAUGUUUGUGCUAGCUUAGUGAUGGGGACAUGCUGUUAUUGUUUUGAUUGGCACUUCCAAACCUAGAUCUUCAAGAGCGACGAGGCCCUAUGCACAGCAUUCAAGUGCAGUUAACUAUUUCCCUGGUGUUUAAUACUGACAUCAUAGGAUAUACUCCUAGCCAAGGGUGUUCUUCACAGAAAGCACACGAAUCAAUGGUAACAUCCUUAGGAACACUUAUCAAUCUUUGUAACAAACCAGAGGUCUAUUGGUAUGACCCACGUGAGUGACACCGCCGUUCAUAGAUUGAAUCUACGCCCCUCUCCCCAGCUGUGACUUUCUGAGCUGCGUUUCCGCUCUUCACAUUCCUGUGCUGCUGCUUCUUUGCAUUGCCCCUCCCCUCCUCCCUCUAUGACCCAGCCUCUGAACUGUGUACAGCUGACAACCCAAUGAAUGAACGGUAAGACAGGUGCAAUAUGCCUAAAUAAAGGUGUGUUGCUGCACUGACAUUAGACAAAGAAGCAAUAGUGAGAUGCAAUGUCUGUUGAAUGAAUAUAUGUCAAUUAAAGUGUUAUUUUCCUGGUUGGAGAUGUGUUCGCUUCGCCUGGUCCCAGAUCUGUUCGUGCUCGCUUGCCAAUUCCAAUGCCAGACAGCACAAACCGAUCUGGGACCAGACUAUUGUGUUCUGUGCACUAAUAAGAAAUUUGAGCCAAGCGAGGCUUUGUAAAAGUGUAACAUGCGUUUUGUCUCGUUCAAAAUUUGUUGUUAAUGUGCCUUGAGUUAAAUAGGAAUACAACCAAUUUUGUAUGAAAUUCAGUGACAAAUACCUCCUUGACGAUGUCACUUAUUCCAGAGUAAAAAAGUAUAUAUAUAUAUAUAUAUAUACACCUCAAUCUGAUUCCUCCUUUAAAAUGUCAUAGAUUUUCUGUAAAGCCUGUCUCCCUAUGUUUAAUAAUUUACAAUACACAUGUUUAGUCCUGAGUUACUGUAUGCACAAUCAUGUAGAAUUAGACCAACACAAUAAAGAAAAUACUAAAAUGUCAAAAUAAACGUAUUGAUUCUG